AUGAUAGGAUCAGAACGUCAUGCAUCCGUAGCGCCGGCAGCCACUAUCCUCGACGCGGCUCGCACGACAGCCAACGCUGCAUCAGACCUCCGCCAUUUGUCACACCCAGAGCGAGCCCUCACGAUGCCAUCCACCAGCCCCAGAAAACGAACCAGCCAGAGCACUAGGACGUCUUGGACCACACGGGGACUGCUUGUCUCAAUUCUCUCCUCGGCCCCUCUGGCAAUGGCACAAGAUGGCACAUGUGUGUCAUUAUCAGGCUCAACCACCUGCCCAGCUUUCGAUUCUGCCUCUGUAUCGACCAGCAGCUAUGUAUACCGCAUAUACCCGUUCUUGCAAUAUGUAACCGACACAGCAUCGUUCGAUAAACAGUUGACCCAGUACGUCCAGGGAAGUUAUGCGCAAGAGAAAUAUCAAAACCUGCUAGGAUGCGGUAGCGUCGAUCUUUCCGAUGCCGAUCUCUAUGCCCGUUUUACCAUUUCGGUCAUCUGUAAUGGUAUUGUCCAGAAUUCUAUCGACAAUUGCACCUUGUCCGCAGAGGCAUCGAGGCCCUUGUGCGCCGACUCUUGCGCUCAAUAUGCCGAGAGUGAAUCGUAUAUCGCGGCUGACCGAGAUCUCUGUCCCACGACUGGUGGAAGCAACCUGCAGAGUCAGAUCCGAGCUGACUUCGUCAACUGCGCUUUACCUGCGAACGCGAUAUCAAGCAACAACUGUAUCCAAGGUAUCGCUAACGAGCCAAACAAUUGUGGAUAUGGCGACAGUACUCUAGGAUUGUGCUCGUAUUGUUCUUCAGGCGGCAUCAACUCGACGGAUACCUGCUGCUACAACUCGAAUGUGGAGGACGUAUGCCAAGGCGUUGUUUUGCCCACGAUUACACCCACGGUCGAUUUCAAUUCAUCAAUGCCUACUGCUACCCCCAGUAGCACGCCAGCUGCGGCAACUUCGAAGGGCCUUUCAGGUGGUGCUAUUGCCGGUAUCGUGAUAGGAUCGCUCGUGGGAGCAUUGCUUCUAGCGUUCCUGCUGUUCAUGUGCAUUAGACUCGCACGGCGAAGACAUGGCAGCCAGAAAGGUAGCGUUUUCAACCAGCCGGCGCCCUCUAGGAAAGGCCCUCAGGCAUCUCAGAUACCCGCAAACGCACCUCCACAGGGAUACGAAGUGCUACCGGGAGGAAGGAUUGCGCGUAUGUCGGCAUUGGAGGGCCACUCGGGGGCUUCGCCGUCGAUACCCGGAGGAUCAAGACCUGGCGUGUCAGCCGGUGCUGCAGCUGCGGGUGCAGCCGGUGGGUAUAUGGCUGGAAGAAGAAGGGGAGACAACCACUCGUCUUCUGAUUCCUUUGGAGACAGCCCCAAUUCCGAGAUGCGAGCUGGUGUCUUACGGCCGCCGCCUACAAACCCCCGUAGGAAUGGGUCUCUAUCAAGCAACUCGGUUUUGGUGGGUGAAGAUCCUCAGUCUCCGACCAGUGCAGGAGGCAUGUCAUCGGCUCCGGGAAUUAACAGCCAGCAGUCAGAACAGCUACCAUUCUUCAAGGACUACUAUUCACAGGACGACAUCCAUCCCGGACACCGCGUCGCGGUACUCUGGGCAUAUCAGCCGCGCGCCGCUGACGAAUUUGCCUUGGAACGUGGCGACAUGCUGAAGGUGGUUGGCAUCUGGGAUGACGGAUGGGCGACGGGCAUCUUGAUGGACGAGAGAGCAGACGAAUGGGAAGCAAGACGGCAAGCACAGAGAGACAGCGGAGUUUCGAAUACGUCCGGUCGUGGUCGAGAGGAGUCGCCUCCAGCCAGCGGAGAGAUCAAGGCUUUCCCCUUGGUAUGUGUCUGCCUACCCGAGCACUGGAGAAAAACGAUUGAAGGAGAUGGAUCUACCGAAACUGGAUCUAGUGCGCACCAAGGCAGCCAGCAUACUUGA